AUGAAUUCUUGUCCUUUAAGAGACGACGGAAAGCCGAUGAUGUUCGAAUCAAAAACACCCCAUUUUUUCAAGAUAAUUCUUGAUGAUGAUGCCCUCGGUGAUGGAAAGCUUUACAUUCCAAGAAAAUUUGUCAGACUCUACGGAAACAAUCUGCCAAAUUCCGUAAUCCUGAAAGUUCCAAGUGGUGCGAAAUGGAAAAUAGAAUUAACGAAAUUUGAUGGUGAGAUUUGGUUUCAGAAUGGCUGGCAAGAGUUUGUUAAGUAUUACUCUAUAGCUUAUGGAUCCUUUUUAGUUUUUGAAUACAAUCCAACAAAUUCUGAAUUCAAUGUAAUUAUAUUUGAUACGAGCGCUUUAGAAAUACAUUAUCCGUUAGAGAUCGCCAACAGAACCAUUGAAGAAUCUAAUCCUGAGAAACAGAUUUAUCAAGAAAAUGAAAUCUUGAAUCACAAAACAAAAGGGAAUUCACCAUUGUUAUUUCCUCAGCGUUCGAAUAAGAAAAUCAAGCGAGAGAAGUCCACAGGAAAUACAGCAAAAUCAUUGACUGCUAAAGAAAAAGCUGAAGCACUUAAAACAGCAGACUCUAAUUUUAAGUCUGAAAAUCCAUUUUUCAUGGUCGCAAUGCAGCCAACUUAUCUUCGUUGUGGUGAUAAUAGACUGGCUAUACCACCAAGCUUUGUGAAGGAAUAUUUCAACAAGCCACAAGGCAGUGUUAUCCUUAGUAUUGAUGGGAAAUUAUGGCCUACUAAGUGCAAGUACUACGACUCUGAUGGAAGACCAUCAGCAAAACUGAGUCACGGUUGGAAAGAAUUUGUGAUUGAAUAUCGCUUGGAAAUUGGUGAUGUUUGUGUCUUUGAACUAAUCGAUCGUUGUAAUACUACACUGAAAGUUUCCAUUUUUCGACAUAUCGGAGAUGCUAAAAAGAGCCUAUGGCUUGGUGAGUAA